AUGUUCCGGCUUGCAUUCCACACCAAAUUAAGGCUGACACUUGAUAGAAUAACUCCUCUUAUUUGUAGAGCCCAGAAAUUUUCGUCAAUUGGAUCAAAAUAUCGCUCUCCUAUGCUCAAUCAAACUGACUCCGAAACUUUUCAGCUUCUACUUGAAUCAGAGAAGGCAGGCUCAGCUGAAGAUAGGCUAUACCAGCAGCAAAUUCAGGCCAUUGAAGCCUGGUGGGCAAGUCCGAGAUAUAAAGGGAUCAAGAGAUCUUACACGGCAGCUGAUAUUGCUACCAAGAGAGGAAGCUUAACGCAGCCGUAUGCAAGCUCUGUGAUGGCGCGGAAGCUCUUUGAUUUAAUCAAAAAGAGAGAGGCAACUGGCGAGCCAAUUCACACCAUGGGUGUCAUUGACCCGGUCCAAAUGACCCAACAAGCACCAAAUCAAGAAGCUCUUUAUAUCUCAGGCUGGGCAUGUUCCUCAACUCUCACCACUACAAAUGAAAUUUCUCCGGAUUUUGGCGAUUACCCAUAUAAUACCGUUCCAAAUCAAGUGCAAAGGAUGGCAAAAGCACAAUCUAUGCAUGAUCGCAAGCAAUGGAAUAUGCGAAGAGCUAUGUCAUCUGAGCAGCGAGCAAACAUACCAUAUAUUGAUUACUUACGGCCCAUUAUUGCCGAUGGCGACACAGGACACGGUGGACUGUCAGCAGUUAUGAAGCUUGCCAAGUUAUUUGCCGAGAACGGCGCUGCAGGAGUCCAUUUUGAAGACCAGCUUCAUGGCGGUAAGAAAUGCGGUCACUUGGCAGGUAAAGUCCUCGUACCUGUAGGGGAACACAUUAACCGCCUUCUUGCCGCAAGAUUUCAGUGGGAUUUGAUGGGAACCGAAAAUAUAUUGAUUGCCCGAACGGACUCAGAAAGUGGGAGGCUUCUUAGUAAUGCCAUUGAUGUUAGGGAUCAUGAGUAUAUUUUGGGAGUUAUGGAUGAAAGUCUAGCUCCACUGGCCGAAACACUGCAGACUAUGGAGAGAAGCGGCGCACCAGCAUCAGAAAUUAAUGAAUUUGAAGUGGAAUGGUUGAAAAAGGUUAAUCUUAUGAGCUGUGAUGAAGCCAUGAUUCAGCAAUUGGACUCAACACCUGGCGUAGCUUCGGAAUAUAAAAAUAUAGUUUCAGAAGAAAGAAAUAUGUCAAUUCGAAUGCGCAGACUAUUGGCUGAAAAAAUUUCGGGUAAGAAGGUCUACUUUGAUAUUGAUAUACCACGAACAAGGGAAGGGUUUUACCAUUACCGUGCCGGAAUAGAGGCAGCCACAAAACGAGCCAUUGAAUACGCAUCGUAUGCCGACCUUCUCUGGGUGGAGACUGGCGAUCCAUCCAUCAGGAUUGCGGCUCAGAUUUCCGGUGAAAUCCGAUCCCAUUAUCCACGAAAACCCCUUGUUUACAAUUUAUCUCCAUCUUUUAACUGGAUGGCACAUGGAUUUACUAACGAGACUUUGAAGUCAUUUAUAUGGGACGUAGCUCGACAUGGAUUUGUGCUGCAACUUAUUUCUCUUGCUGGCCUUCAUAGUACAGCCACGAUAACACAUGAGCUAAGUCAUAGAUUCCGUGAAGAUGGAAUGAAAGCGUAUGUAGAGCUUGUACAACAACGAGAGAAAGAGUCUGGCUGCGAUGUUUUGAUGCAUCAGAAGUGGAGCGGCGCCGAAUAUAUCGACGGUAUAUUAGGUGCUAUACAGAGUGGGAAUAGUACCAGCAAGAGUAUGGGCGAUGGAAAUACUGAGAAACAAUUCAUGCCGUGA